AUGGUUGACAACAUGGUUGAAAUUUUGAUUGCCGAUAUGGUUGAAAACUUGAUUGACAACACAUUCAACGACAACAACAGAAUGGAUUCACUCCUCUGCACUUGGCAGCACAGGAAGGAAAUAGCCAAAGUGAACAGUCAGGCCCGCAACGGCUUGACGGCAUUGCACCUGGCAGCACAGGAAGAUUAUGUGCCAGUGGCUGAGGUCCUCGUUAGAUACAAGGCCGAUAUUGACCCUCUGACCAAGGCCGGAUACACGCCGCUGCACACUGCAUGCCACUUUGGCAAGUUGAACAUGAUCGACUUCCUACUAAGGAGAAGUGCCAACGUGGCUGCUAAAACUAAGACAGGCCACACCCCACUGCAUCAGGCCGCUCAACAAGGUCAUCUCCUGGUCACUCAGAUGUUACUUAAGGCCAAGGCCAAUCCCAAUGAAGUCAAUGAAGAUGGACAGACAGCACUGUGGAUAGCAGAGCAGCUUGGUUACAUCUCGGUGGUUGAACUGCUGAGGGACAUAACAACGGUGCCGAGCAGCAAGCAGACGAGCAGCAGCAAGUACCGAAUGAUCGAGCCAGAAACCAUGCACGAUGUCGCCAUGUCUGAUGACGAAGAUGAUGACAAGGGAGAACUUGGAGACCAAUCGUACAUGUACUUGACAACUGGAGAAGAUAUGAGAGGGUUUGGUGAUGACAGCAGUCAGCAGAAGGAUAGCAUGGUCACGGACAACAGAGGAAGCAUGCGAGUAUCCGUAGGAAACCAGGAAGAUGUCAGAUGGACACAAGGCACUGACCCGAGUAAAAAGAUAGCAAUGGACGGUGACGUGGUGAGGACGACGUACGCAGGUUACAGCAAGGAUAUAUUGCAAACAAAGCAGCAGCAGCAACAACAACAACCACAGUAUCCCAAGCAGAACAUGCGUGACAGCUACAACACAACGACGACGACAAACGUGCCGACGUUGCACGAAACUCAUUUCGAUGAUGCUGACCAAGAGCACAAGUACGAAAACUUUGAUCCGAAGAAAUUCAAGCAAGACAUCAAGAAACAACACCUCGGAUUCGGGGACAGCAACUACAACACCAAUUACAGCAACGACAUUAACAGGAACAAAUAUCCUGAUCAGUACGACCUGGAGAGCGAUAGAAUGAAGAACGAUAGGAGUGGUGUCGUGAGGCAGACGGAUUACUACAAAGCCGGCAGCAGUGGCGCCUUGUCGGAUUUACAGAGAGACAGGCUGUUGAAAGAGAGACAGGACAACAACUUGAACAAUGCCACCUCAGAUGAGAACUAUCCAGUUUCCAACCGACAAACCUUAGUAGGCAGCAACAAGCAAUUAUCUCAGCAACAGCAAAAACAGCAAGAUGAUAAACUAUAUGAACAGAAGUACAACACCAUCCCCGACUUGAAGACCACCGUUGACAAUGACACAAAUCAAUACAGAACGACGAAGAACGACAUGAACAACAUACGAAGCAGUGGGGUGUCUCCCAUUGUUUCUCAUGGCAUUCCAUACUUCAAGUCCAACAUAUCUGAGACUGACUCGCAUGUCUUUGGAUCGACCUACAGUGGCAUGUCGUACGCCAGCAGUUUCGAUCCUGAUAAUGUCGCUUUGUCGAGGCAGCCCAUAUUCCAAGGCUUUCUUGUAAGUUUCAUGGUGGACGCUCGUGGUGGGGCCAUGAGGGGUUGCAGGCAUUCGGGCAUCCGCAUUAUCAUACCACCCGGCAGGGCAAGCCAACCUACCAGAGUCACUUGCAAACUCAUCAAAAAGGAUAAGGUAAACCAACUCCCUCCAUUGAUGGAAGGGGAAGCCCUGGGGAGUAGGGUUCUUCUGAUGGGACCUUCAGGGGCCAAGUUUCUCGGUCCGGUGAUACUUGAAGUACCACAUUUUGCUUCCCUACGCGACAAUGAAAGAGAAAUCGUUGUUUGGAGGAGCGAUAACGGAAUGACCUGGAAAGAACAUACCGAACUUGGUACCCUGGACGCUGUCAUGAAAACUAUCAGCGGCAGUUUCGAUGACCUUGAAAGUGCAGAAGACUUAUACCAUCGUCGAAUAACUCGGAUAAUAUCAAACGACUUUCCAAAAUAUUUCGCCUUAGUGACCCGCAUCAGACAGGAUACGUCGACCCUUGGUCCUCAAGGAGGCGUCAUCGUGUCCAGCAUCAUGCCACAAGUUCAAGCAGCAUUCCCACCAGGGGCCCUCACAAAAUCUAUCAAGUUGUGUCUUCAGACCCAACGACUGCCUGUUGAAUUUGUUAAGAAGAUGGUCGGUGGUAGGGUAUCAGUCAGUCCAAUAGCAACCGUUGAACCACGCAGAAGAAAAUUCCAUCGACCAAUCACAAUCACUCUACCUUUAGAUGCUGAACUGGUUGCUAACAACAAGAAUAUUGACAAAUCACCAUCACUAAGACUUCUCUGCAGCAUGAAUGAUGGCAUGACUCCAACAGAAUGGGAAGACAUCACUGGAACAACUCCCAUGUCUCUCACCAACAAUUGCAUUUCAUUCCCCAUUGCUGUCUCUGCCAGGUAUUGGUUGAUCAACACACCUCGCUACAAGGAAGCAGUUAUGAUUGCCACUCCAAUGUUUAUGGAAGCGUCUGCUGUUCCAUUCGUUGCUAAUUUCGUCGUCUUUGCUAAGAGGAGGGAUCCACUUGACGGUCAGCUACGCAUUUUCUGCAUGACUGAUGAUAAGAUGGAUAAAACUUUAGAAUCUCAGGAGAAGUUCAUUGAGGUAGCUAGGAGUAGAGACAUUGAGGUGUUAGAUGAAAGGCCGCAGUGGAUUGAAUGCCAUGGCAAUUUGGUUCCAGUUUUGAAAUCAGAUCAUGUAGACAGGCAACCAUACAUUAAUUUCAGGGCUUUCAAAGAGAAUAGAUUGUCAUUGAAUGUACGUGUCCGAGACCUUAGCCAGGAACCAACAGCCAACCUGUUGUUCAUGGCUGAGCCGAGAGAAAUCAAGGAUCAACUGCCUCUAUGCAAUUUGAGCGUUGUUCUGCCAAGCAUGGAGGAGCAACAACGACUUGAUACGGCGAAUGAUGUCACUGAACUGCAGAAGAGACUGGAUGAACUCAGGAAAUUAGAUUUGAAUGACGAAGACCAGAUAUCGAAGACAGAACUUCGACUGACAGACAUAGCUGAAUAUUUGGAAGAUGAUUGGAUUCCACUUGCUUAUCAGCUCCAAAUAUCUGAAGAGGAUAUUACUAACAUCCAGUCAAAAUAUGGAUAUAUCCCUGAACAGGCCUUAGUGAUGCUGCAUUUGUGGAUGGAGAGAAAUAAAGACGUAGCAUCGGGAAAUGUGCUGGAGAAAUCAUUGAGGGAGAUAGGGAGGGAGGAUAUUAUUCAGAAGUGCAUAUUCUUCUUGCAAGAUGUUACUGAUGAAAAUGAAAUUAAAGAAGCAAAAAAUGUCAUCUACUCUUCAUCAGGUCAUCCUGAAUCACUACCAACCAGUGCAGUGAGCGAUACACAUUCCCCUGCUUUUCAAGGCCAUGUGUUCUCAUUUGACGGAAAUGCACUUUGCUCGUGGUAUGCAGCUAAAGAGCUAUCAAAGUCAAUAUUGGCAGAACAAGUUGUAGCUCCACAUCAUGAUCCAAGCAGCAGCAGUUUACCACAAAAUGCCCAAAUUGAUUCAGACGAAGGUUCAAAGACAAUUCCAGAGCAGAUGCAUCAAAGUACUAACAAUAAUCUCACCACAUUCAAUAAAGUCCCUGAAAGUGCACAAAUUGUUGCUGAAAAGAUACAAGUCAUUCCCGAAAAAGUUCACGUCGUUUCUGAAGAAAUGCUCAUUGGUCCCAAACUUGUGUCUAUCUGUUUUGAUAAUAAGAAAAAUAUAAUCGAAAAUGAACAAAAGUUCAUUCAAAAAGGUGUACAUGACGAACGAAAGAUUUCCAAUGAAAUGGAAGAUAAUAAAGACAAAAUUGAAAGAGUCUCUAGCAAACAGACUAUUUCAGAAGAAAUAUGUACUGCUUCUAAAGACGUACAGACCGUUCAAGAUGAUGAGAAACAAAAUUUAGUAUUAUCCCCUAAGUAUAAAAAACCUGGCGUUGCUCCAAAAGCUUUCGAAGAUUGGGUUGAAUGCCAAGAAAUGACUUAUAAUGUCAAUGGGAAUGCCCUGAAAGACACUAAUUUCAAGAGUUCACUUGAUAGGCAGAAUUCGGAAGAGUUGAAUGAAAGUGAGCUAGCCAGGCACAUGCGCAAAACUCCAUCUGCAGAGGAAUUGUUGAGGGAAGGUGAAAAAGAAAUUGAAGUGAGAGUGGAAAUGGAAGAUGAUGAUCAAGUUCUCGAUGACGGAACAGUUGUAAAACGACAAGUUAUUACGAGAUCUCACGUUGCUAUACCAGAAAUAAGUUUAGAUAAUUUGGAAACAACACAGUUUGAAAGGUUGGUCAAAGUAGAAGUUGAGGAAGAUGUUCUAGAACUACCUCCCGGAAUAGCUGAUCCUGGAGAUGUUGACCCGGACACGGUCACAUCAAAAACAUACAUAAGCAGAGAAACAGGAUAUUUUUCAGAUUUCACACAUGGUGAAAAGAUACCAUUUUAUCGAAAAAUAACAAAAACCGUUAUUAAUCUGAUUGGUGAACGGAAUCUUCCAUCGAGUCAUGAUAGUCCUAUAAAAAUGCCCAAGUUUCUCUUAAACGCCGACGCACAGUUGGUUUUGGAUUCAAAUGCUGAUGAGCUAUCAGACGAAGCUGGCUUGAUUGUUGAUCGAGCCGUUAAAUUAGCUCUUGAACAAAUUCAGUCUGAAAGCGAACAAUUAGAAGAUUAUGAGAACGAAUUAGACCUUUCGAACAUAGACAGCUCUGUAGCAGUUCGAGUUUAUACAGACACAAUUGAAAAAGAACCAGAGAUUGAAACUGAUGUGAAAGAAUUUGAAGAAACUUUAGAUGAUGGUACAGUGGUCGAUUACGAUGACGAAUCAUCACUACCCUGGAACACAUACGAGAGGCCAGAAAAUGCUGAGAAUACAAAAGAUAGCAAGACAGAAUGUGAAGAGUACGAAGAUGUUCAAGAAGAUGGCACGUUAGUGAAAAGGAAAGUGGUUACCACUACCGAGAGGCAGCUUACAACUGAAAGAGUGGUUCUGGAAGGUGAUAUUUCUUUGGAUGAAGAAGAUGAUGAAAACUUACAUUUUAAAGGCAGCGAUUUUCGAAGCACUUCGGAGAUUUUAAGCAGUGUGUCGGAGUCGGAUAAAAAAUAUCCGGCCCCUCAAAAAAUCCUACUUCGGGUAAAAAAAAUUUCGACUUCGGGUUCCGAAUUCCAGAAAAAUUUGUGA